AUGUCGCAGCUCUACAUACGCCGCAGCAGGUCGAUCGUCAACGAUGAGUCCCUCACGGAGAGCGUCUUCACCACCCCGGGCGACUGGGACUACAGCAUGAACCUGGCGGCACAUCGCAAGCAUCGCAGCGAAUUCAAGAUCGAAUGUGUCUUCCCGUCCGCAGGGUUCCUGAAGCAGCUGCUGCUGCCCAUAAACCCGUCGCUGGGAGGGCGCAACACCGCCGUGUUCAAGGUCAAUGCAUUGGACUACGCGAACAACCAGAUGAAGAGUCUGUUCUACAUCCACCUGGUCUUCGACCCCAACUGCAUGAUGAUGCAGUCCAUGAUGAGCGGCCAGGCGAUGUACACCUGCGUGCGCGUGCCCAAGUCCCGACUGCUGAAGUACUCGAUCACGUCGAUGGACGGCAGCGACUACCGGCACAUCGUGGACAUCGCAGUGCCCCUGCAGUCGCUGAUGGUCUGCCUGAACAUGUAUUCGCACAAGGUGAGUGCGGGCGCCCCCUGUUACACGCCGCCGCAGCAGGAGAUGGUGAUGUCGUACGAUAGCGACGACCGGCAGAUCGUGCUCAACGGCCGGUGCGUGAGCUACGCCGAAUACUGGCACACGAGCGACAUCGGGCAGUCGAUGGUCUGCCGGCUGAAGACGAUCAACCUGAACCCGCUGCAACUGCCCUUUGACGGGUCGGACUUCAACUUCGUCGAUGUGGACUAUUUUUCAAUAUCGCCAAAACUGCUGUACCCCUGCCUCCACGAUAUCGCAUCGGACUCCGCGAGCAGCAAGCUCGUCCUGGAGCUCGUCCCGCCCGACGAAACCAACAACAGGUGCGUGCUUGGCCUGGCGCGAGGCCGGUCGUCGAUGGCGCUGGAGUGGGACUUCAGCUACGACACCAACGUCUUCGACGAGUUCAACGUCCACACGCAGCACAUGCACACGUACUCCAUGCGCUGCUGGCAGGGCGUGACCAACGGGAUCAAGCUGGCGAGGCGCAUCCGCAUCGCCAUCAAGGACGACGGGGUGCUGCUCAUACAGGUGUCCAUGAUGGACCACAUCUCCGACGGCAUAUACUUCUACUACCAGAUGCACCCGCUGCUGGACACCGUGUAA